AUGACGAUAGAGAUUACUGACGAGGAUUUGAAAGAUGAACAAAGCAACGAGGCUACCGACGCAUUGGGGCUCACAUCCGGUUUUGAGGCUGGCUCAUACGCGUACGACCUAAUAACCCACAACAUUCAAGCCGCGAAUGCAAUCUUUGCAGUCGCCGGCGGUACUUACGCCUGGGAAAUAUACAAUGCAGACUUUCUCGGCGAUAUGGAAGAUUCAAAGAGGCUUGUAGCCCUUUGCCGAUCGGCUGAGACCGUCGAACAAUGCCAGACGGCUCUGGACCGCCUAGAAUUACGCAUUUCGCAGUCUAGCAGCCACGUGGGAUUCUGGUCCCUAUUAUGCGUACAUGUUGUAGAGAGCAUGAACCACGAGAUGAGAGACGACGAUCACCGUACAUUGAAAGAACCCAUCAAGCAGAUGCUUGAGGCCGCUGUUUCGUCCAUUCUUCUCGGAUCCUGGGAAGGCUUCUUGCUCAAAGAAGGCGGUUCUGUCGAUCUAUUUGCAUUUCAUCUCCUGGACACUGUUUAUGAGCGACAGCACACGCUCUCUUUGCAGUUAGAAGAGACGGAACUCAGUAGCCUACUCUACGAUCUGGAUGACUGGGUUCUUCCGGCGCAUGAUGGCAAAAAGAGAACUGGUGCUCUAGACACGCUGAUGCAAUGCGCGCGGUGGUGUUUUCUUUCCCUCAACGAAGUCACACGCGACCCCUCCCAGACGCGGCUACAAAUUUUCUCCGCUCACGACGAGAACGAUUUAGAAUGGAAGGCGCAUCUCGAGAUCUACGGGACUCUUUGGUACAAGCUGUUCAUGCAGCAGCUCGACAUCCAGGGACCAGGCUUCGACACCGGCGGCGAAGUCGACGAGGGCGCGCUCGCGUGGGCGCAAAAUUCCCGGAGGGACCUGGGCAUUUCCCACGCCGAGGUGCUUUCGUGCAUGUGUUGGAUCAUUGUGAACCAUGGUAGUAUGAGAGACGACGGCGACGGGACUUGGGAGAGCUUGUUUGGACGGUCAAGGGCUGCGGCGCAUGAGGUAUGGAAUACCGGGCCGAGGGAGCUGUGGAUCGACUUUCUGCAUACUUUCAAGAGAUUCAAUGAUCUCACGGCCACGGAGGAGCCAGAGUAUGAGCGCUCCAGGAACGCGUUUAUGGAGGAGUUUGUGGCAUUCGUGAAGGAAAUUUUGAAGGUGUUUGUGACGUUUGGUGCAUCCAAGACGGGAGAAAUGGUUGGGGAUGACUUCUAUCCCGUGAUUACCUAUUGA